CCCUGCAGCGUUGGUGUUUGGUUUGCGAUUGCGUGCCGUCAACAACCUGGAUGGCGACAAUGAUACAAAAGACGGUUGGUGUAGCUCUCGAGAUUUCCUAGCUUGGAAGUCGUUUCCUUGGCCGCUUUUUCUCCCUUUACUACAAUGGGUUCUCUCUCGGACGGGGCUCCGUCCAAGGGGCAGACCUCAGCCUCAAACAUCAUUGACAUUCGCUCUGACACCGCAGGGAUUGAGUUGAAGCAACUCAUCCUCGACGGACUAAAGCCUGAAGAUGCGCAAGAGAAGAAGACCUUGCCUACCCUGUUGUUGUAUGACGAGGCUGGCUUACGGCUGUUUGAAGACAUCACGUAUUUGGACGAGUACUACUUGACGAACCAGGAGAUCUGGAUGCUGGAGCAUUAUGCAGACCGGAUUGCCGAACGAAUUCCCAACGAUGCUCUCAUUGUCGAGCUCGGUAGCGGCAAUCUCCGCAAGGUCAAGAUUCUGCUGGACGCUUUGGAGCGAGAUGGCAAGUCUGCCUCCUACUAUGCCCUGGACUUGAUGGAGUCCGAACUCGUGCGAACGUUGGCGGCUGUCCCAAAAGAUGCUUUCAAGCACGUCAAGUGCGCCGGCCUCUGGGGAACGUACGACGAUGGACUUGCAUGGCUGAAGCGUCCGGAGAAUGCCAACCGACCCAAGGCCAUCCUCUCCCUGGGCUCGAGCAUUGGUAAUUUCACGCCAGAAGAAGCGGUGCCAUUCAUCUCGCAGUUCACCGACGAGCUGAAGCCGAAUGACAUGAUGCUGGUCGCCAUCGAUGCCUGCCAAGAUCCCGACAAGGUCUAUCAUGCAUACAACGACCGGGGUGAUGUGACGCACAGAUUCACGAUGAAUGGACUGAAACACGCCAACACUCUGCUGGGCCGUGAGGCGUUCAAGCUGGACGAGUGGGAAGCUGUCGGACGAUACGACGUCGAAGGCAGCCGCCAUCGGGCUUUUGUGGCGCCGAAGACGGCGACAACGGUGGAGGGCGUCCAGGUGAACGCCGGCGAGUUAAUUCAAAUUGAAGAGAGCAACAAGGUCUCGGAGGCCGAAGCCAGCCGCUGGUUCAACCAAAUGCUUGGCAAACGCGUCAUGCAAGGGAGUGUUUUUGCUAACGAGGAUGGAUCCUACUUCUUGCACCUACUCAGUCCUACCAAGAUGUUGUCGACAGCGGAUCCGGCGCAGUACGCGGCGCAUCCCGUGCCCAGCCUGGAAGAAUGGCACGACCUCUGGCGCAACUGGGAUACCAUCACCCAGCAGAUGAUCUCCCACGAGGAGCUCUACGAAAAGCCGAUUAAGCUUCGAAACGAGUGUAUCUUCUACCUCGGACACAUUCCCACCUUCCUCGACAUCAAACUCACCGAGGCGACCAAGACGCCGCCGACGGAGCCGAAGUAUUUCUAUCAAAUCUUCGAGCGCGGCAUCGAUCCCGAUGUCGACAAUCCCGAACAAUGCCAUUCCCACAGCCAGGUCCCUGAUGAAUGGCCCGCUCUCAAGGAUAUCCUGGCGUAUCAGGAUCGAGUCCGCGAGCGUACGACCAAGCUCUACAAGACCGGCCAGGCGUACAACGACCAAUGGACUGGACGCACGCUAUGGCUCGGCUUCGAGCAUGAAGUCAUGCACAUGGAGACGUUGCUGUACAUGCUCGUGCAAAGCGAGAAGACCAUCCCUCCGGACGGUGUGAUGGCUCCCGAUUUCGAGCAGCUCGCCGCUCAAGCGAAGAGGCAGGCCGUUGAGAACGAGUGGUUCGAUAUUCCUGCACAGUCGAUUGAGUUCGGCCUCCACGACCCCGACAACGGCGAUGGGCCGGUGCGGUAUUUUGGGUGGGACGUCGAGAAGCCGGCGUACACUAAGCACGUCAAGGCUUUCAAGGCUCAAGGCCGCCCCAUCUCGAACGGCGAGUAUGUCAAGUACCUCUGUGAAAGCGGGAAGACGCACGAGCUCCCGGCGUCCUGGAUGCAAGUUUCCGAAACGAACGGCGUCAACGGGACGAAUGGGGUGAAUGGGCAUCACGUGAAUGGCGACGCUGCAUUUUACGAGUUCUUGCACGGAAAGGCUAUUCGCACCGUGUACGGACCCAUCGCUCUCAAGCACGUGCUGGACUGGCCUGUUGCUGCGUCGUACGACGAACUCGCUGGCUGUGCCGCUUACAUGGGCGGUCGAAUCCCGACUCUCGAGGAGGCUCGCAGCAUCUACGCUCAUGCCGGCGAGCUGAAGAAGAAAGAAGCCGACAAAGUCUCGGGAAAGAGAAUUCCGGCGGUUAACGGCCACUUGGUGAACGAGGGCGUGGAGGAGACGCCCCCAUCCAAACGUUUGAUUAACGGCGCCUCCAACGGCGCAACUCACCUCGACCCCACGAAGUUCCACGUCGACCUCGAGCAGGCCAACGUGGGCUUCAAACAUUGGCAUCCCAUGCCCGUCACUCAACAUGGCGGCACACUCGCUGGCUUGAGCGAGAUGGGGGGUGUGUGGGAAUGGACGAGUUCGCCGCUGGAGAAGAUUGCUGGCUUUGAACCUAUGAAGCUGUACCCUGCUUACAGUGACGACUUUUACGACGGCAAGCACAACAUUGUCUUGGGAGGAUCGUGGGCCACGCAUCCUCGUAUCGCGGGCCGCAACACCUUUGUGAAUUGGUACCAGCGCAACUACCCGUUCGUGUGGGCGGGUGCUCGUUUGGUCAAGGAUGCCUGAGGCCUCACACCGAGACACGCCGCACGUCUCCCCUCCCUAUGUUUGACGACUCUCUCCUUAUUCCUUGAAGUAACGUGUUCCUAAUCGCAAACAUCUUUUCCUCUCCCCAGCU